AUGGCAUCGCUUUUCAGGCCAUCACUGCGUACCUCUGCCGCCACGGCCGUCAUGCUCAGAUUAGGUCGGCCGGUUACUACUACCUCCUCUGCCACUACUGCCGCUGGUGUUAGGUGCACGGCCAUGAAGAACUUGGAGAUUUUGAGGCAGGCCGGAAUGGCAAAAAAGGGGUUUCACGCUAGCGCCUCGAGGAAGAUUUUGCCGGCUGGGCCUCAGGUUAUUCAGGGAACGGUAAACGAGGCCGUCGAAGUCCCUGAUCCCAACGCCGCACAUGGUUCCUACCACUGGUCUUUCGAAAGACUCAUCUCUGUAGCCCUCAUCCCGCUAACCGUAGCCCCCUUCGCCGCGGGUUCUAUAAACCCAGUAACGGACGCAAUCCUCGGCGCUACCAUCGUAAUCCACUCUCACAUCGGCUUUGAAUCCAUGAUUGUCGACUACAUCCCACAUCGCAGGUACCCUGCCCUCAGGAAGGGCGCUAUGUGGGCGCUCAAGGGCGCGACGAUGUUGGUGCUUGUGGGACUGUACGAGUUUGAGACCAAUGACGUGGGGAUUACUGAGGCGGUCAAAAGGGUUUGGAAAGCGUAGUUUGUGACUGGAGUGAAGGUGGGAUUCAGCAUGUUUGAAUUGUUCGCGGAGAACUUUGCUUUCUUGGUAUCUUCUAUACGGGCUCCUUAGAUGUCGAUAGUAGUUUUCGUUUUGAUUUUACGGAUUACCUGUUUAUAAGGAAGCGGUAAAGUCAUUGGCUUCGUGGAUCCCCUUUUUUUUCCCUCCCCCUGCUCCUUCUCCUUUCGGGUGAUUUUUUAAUACUUGGCUUUUGUGGUGUAAAAAAAUGAGAGGCUUGGAUAGAGCAGAGAUUGAUUCAAAGUGAAUAUAUUAUGAGAAGGAAAAAAAAGGUGAAAAAACACAUGAACAUUUUA